CCGCUCAGCGAUGAUUGCUUUGUCGAGAGUUCUACCCUCGGUGGCCGCGCGCGGUUUAGUCCGCUACAAACACGGCAGCACUUCUCGUCUGACGACUUUCAACUAUCUGAAGCGACUCCCUCAACCGAGCGACAAGUGCAUCGCGACUUAUGUUUGGAUCGAUGGUACGGGCGAGCAUUUGAGAAAUAAGGCACGAACCCUGAACUUCAUCCCCAGCCGUCUCGACCAGCUCCCCGAAUGGAAUUACGACGGCUCCUCGACCUACCAGGCCCGCGGAGGGAACUCCGACACUUUCAUGCGACCUGUAGCCAUGUACGAAGACCCCUUCUUGCCGAAAAGUCAGAACAAACUCGUAUUGUGCGACACUUACCUCCCGGACGGAUCUCCGACCCCGAGCAACCGCAGGAACAGCUGUGCCGAGGCCAUGGAGAAAGUGAGCGACCAGGACCCCUGGUUUGGCAUCGAACAGGAAUAUACGUUCCUGGAUCUGCAUGGUAGGCCUUACGGAUGGCCGGAGGGGGGUUACCCCGCACCUCAGGGUCCGUACUAUUGCGGUGUCGGAUACGGUAGGGUCACCGGUCGGGAUGUCGUCGACGUGCACUAUCGGGCGUGUCUGUUCGCUGGAAUCAACAUAUCCGGUACGAACGCCGAGGUGAUGCUCUCUCAGUGGGAGUAUCAAGUCACUUCGAAAGGAGUCGCGGCGCCCGAUGAGCUUUGGAUGUCUCGGUAUCUUCUGCAGAGAGUGGCGGAAGACUACGGAAUCGUAGUGACGUUCGACCCGAAACCCAUGGCCGGGGAUUGGAAUGGAGCCGGGGGCCACGUCAAUUUCUCGACUGAGGCCAUGCGAGCCGAGGGGGGAAUGGCCGUCAUCGAACAGGCGAUCGAGAAGCUUUCGAAGAGACACAAAACCCAUAUCACGAACUACGAUCCCAAGCUAGGAAAGGACAAUGAGCGACGUCUGACUGGAGCUCACGAGACUUCGUCAAUUCACGAGUUUUCGUCCGGAGUCGCGAACCGAGGGUGCUCCGUUCGGAUUCCCCGAGCCUGCGCCGAUGCCGGCAAAGGUUACCUGGAAGACCGCCGACCAGCGUCCAACAUGGAUCCUUACGUCGUCACGGAUCUCCUGGUGCGCACGUGCCUCCUGGACGAGACGGACUGAGAGAUUCGGAUCAGCUCCGGGAUCGACGAUGGGGAGGGAGGGGGGACAGCGAUGACAAAAUAAACCGGGGGUGCGCCGUCUGGAUCGACCGAUGUCUUUCUACAGUGUCUUACCGCGCGCAUAGGAUUCUAGUCCUCGUCGCUUUCUCUAUACACACGCAUCGAAUCGAACGAAAAGUUGUUCUCGAACUCCCGCCGACCCAUCUCGAGCGAGGAUGAUUGAGUUGCACAUCAAGCCAUCUAAU